GAUGACAGAUCUCACAGUGGGUGUGCUCGCCCUGCAGGGCGCCUUCGUCGAGCACAUUGUUCUUCUCAAGCAAGCUGCCGCAUUUCUCGCGUCCAGCAACGAUCCUACAAGUGGCAAGAUUCGAAACUUCACAUGCAUCGAAGUUAGGACAGAAGAACAGCUACGACAAUGCGAUGCUCUGGUUCUACCGGGCGGCGAAAGCACCGCGAUCUCGUUGGUAGCUGAGCGAAGUGGAAUUCUGGAGCCGCUCCGAGACUAUGUCAAAGUGCUCAGGAAACCUGUAUGGGGAACUUGUGCAGGCCUGAUCCUGCUCGCCGAAAGCGCGAACAAAUCAAAGUCAACGGGACAGGAACUCAUCGGAGGAUUGGACGUCCGGGUUCACAGGAAUUACUUUGGACGUCAGGUUGAAAGCUUCACGGCCGAUCUGGAUUUACCAUUCUUGGGAGACUCGAGACGAUUUCCAUCGGUUUUCAUUCGAGCACCGGUGGUGGAAAAAGUGCUGCCGCCAUCAGCAGCUCCGAUCGACCAUAGUGCCGAAGGAAGGAUCUCUGCUCCUCCAAGACGGGAGACCUCGGCCACAGUAGAGAUUCUGGGUCGUUUGCCAGGUAGAGCCAAAGCUAUUCGCGACAAGACUGUCACAGCUGAAGAGCUCGGCGAGGACGGCGACAUCAUUGCUGUCAGGCAGGGGAAUGUGUUUGGAACGUCCUUUCAUCCAGAGUUGACGGGCGACUCGCGCAUUCAUGCAUGGUGGCUGAAAGAGGUCCUCUUGCUCAAAGAAGGAGAAACCUUCGUCCAGAUCCGUCCGGAUAAUGCGCUCAUCCAACUUUGUGCCACCCACGUACUUCAGACAGUCCAGCGCAUCCUCGUGUGUGUAGUAUUCGACGAAGCAGAAGCCACAGGGUGUCUUGUUGAAGCGAUCUAG